UCACUCUCUCAUACUUCUUCUUCAUCUACCGCUCUUCUCUUCUCCAAAUCUCUUCGACCCAAUUUUUUUCAUCACCCAAAGAACUCCUUUACAUACCCAAUUCAUCCCAAUCGCCGCCGUGCGUUGUUUUCUUCUUCACCGUCAAUGGAAUCAGCUGCUGUGACGGUUGAUUCAGUUGCUGACAAAUUGAAGAAGCAGAGUUUGGGAAAUGAUGGAAGUAACAGUAAACGUAUGUUGAAACUUGAAGAGCUCAAUUGGGAUCAUUCUUUUGUUCGUGAACUGCCUGCUGAUCCAAGAACAGAUACCAUUCCAAGAGAGGUAUUGCAUGCGUGCUAUACGAAAAUGUUGCCUUCUGUUGAGGUAGAGAAUCCUCAGCUCGUUGUGUGGUCAGAAUCAGUAGCUGAGUUACUUGAGUUGGAUCCUAAAGAAUUUGAGAGGCCUGAUUUUCCACUUCUGUUCUCAGGGGCAUCACCUUUAGUCGGGGCUGUGCCUUAUGCCCAGAACUAUGGAGGACAUCAGUUUGGGAUGUGGGCUGGUCAGCUAGGUGAUGGUCGAGCAAUAACUCUUGGAGAGGUUUUGAAUUCAAAGUCUGAAAGAUGGGAGCUGCAGCUAAAGGGUGCGGGGAAGACCCCAUAUAGCCGUUUUGCUGAUGGUCUUGCAGUUCUUCGGAGUAGUAUCCGGGAGUUCCUCUGCAGCGAAGCAAUGCAUAGUCUUGGAAUCCCAACUACAAGAGCACUCUGUCUUGUAAUGACGGGAAAAGAUGUCAGCAGGGACAUGUUUUAUGACGGGAAUCCAAAGGAUGAGCCUGGUGCCAUUGUCUGCAGAGUUGCUGAAUCCUUUCUUCGCUUUGGCUCUUACCAACUACAUGCCUUUAGGGGUAAAGAGGACCUUGAGAUUGUGCGUACUUUAGCAGAUUACACAAUUAGACAUCACUUCCCCCAUCUAGAGAACAUGAGUAAGAGCGAAAGCAUAUCAUUCAGCACAGGUGAGGAAGAUGAUUCGGUUGUGGAUUUAACUUCAAACAAAUAUGCAGCAUGGGCAGUGGAAGUUGCCGAGCGGACUGCUUCCACGAUUGCGAGGUGGCAAGGUGUUGGUUUCACACACGGAGUGAUGAAUACUGAUAACAUGAGUGUGUUAGGCCUCACCAUUGAUUAUGGCCCUUUCGGAUUUUUAGACGCAUUUGAUCCCAGUUUCACACCAAAUACCACUGAUCUACCUGGCAGAAGAUAUUGCUUUGCGAAUCAGCCGGAUAUAGGUUUAUGGAAUGUUGCUCAGUUUGCUACUACUCUGUCUACUGCACAGUUGCUAAAUGAUAAGGAGGCAAAUUAUGCCAUGGAGAGGUAUGGAAUCAAAUUUAUGGAUGACUAUCAAGCUAUCAUGACCAAAAAGCUUGGUUUGGUCAAGUACAAUAAACACAUGAUUGGUGAACUACUUAAGAAUAUGGCUGUCGAUAAAGUUGAUUACACAAACUUCUUCCGAUUACUAUCAAACAUCAAAGCCGAUCCUACAAUUCCAGAUAACCAGUUACUAAUUCCUCUGAAAGCUGCUCUAUUGGAUAUUGGUCAGGAGCGCAAGGAAGCUUGGACAAGCUGGGUGAAAUCCUACAUACAGGAGCUCUCUACUAGUGGUGUAUCGGAUGAUGAGAGAAAGGCAUCGAUGAAUUCUGUAAAUCCAAAGUACAUCCUUAGAAACUAUUUAUGCCAAAGUGCAAUAGAUGCAGCUGAACAAGAAGAUUUUGGGGAGAUCCGACGACUACUGAAAGUUAUGCAACGUCCAUUUGACGAACAACCUGGCAUGGAGAAGUAUGCGCGCUUGCCUCCAGCUUGGGCUUAUCGUCCCGGUGUAGGCAUGCUUUCUUGUUCCUCAUAAAUUCUUUCUACUAUAUAAUACAAGAUAUUAACUUGUAUAUGCAUUAGACAUUUUAGCUUAAAGUUCUUGUAGUAAUGUGUAAAAGGUAUAGCUAUUCUCUUUUUAUAUCGCCUUUUUUCAGAGGGUGGGGUGCGGGUAAGGAUGGAGGUGGGUUUGUAGCAUUUCCACACGUAUUUUGUGUUGGAGAAAUGCAUUUUUUCGCGAGUUCCAUACCAAUAUAAAUUCAAUUAGCUUGUUUGCUUUGAGCAUUGA